UUAGAUGCUAGGCUAGUUCAGAAUAUAUUGUUUUGCUAUAAUAAUCAUUAAAAAUAAUUCUGUACUUACUUGAACAAUCUAAAGGAAGGUCAUGGAUUCCGUGAAAGUUGCCAUUCGAAUCAGGCCUCUGAUUUCAAGGGAACAAGGAUCUGAUAUAUUAUGGACUGCUGACACUCAUCAGAUUAAGUUGAAGGAAGGAAAAAGCAAACCGUACAUUUUUGAUCGAGUAUUUGACAGUGACGAAAUAACAGGAGAAGUUUAUGAAGAAAUUGUUGAACCGAUUGUUCAAUCGGCCAUGGGUGGAUUCAAUGGUACUGUUUUUGCGUAUGGUCAAACCUCAUCUGGUAAAACUUACACAAUGAUGGGAGAUCGCAGGAAUCUGGGAAUCAUUCCACUUUCUGUGAAUGAUACUUUUGCUUUGAUUCAAAAGACACCAGAGAGAGAAUUUCUUCUUCGUGUUUCUUACAUGGAAAUUUACAACGAAGUUGUUCGUGAUCUUUUAGCACCAACUACCGAAGGACCUGGAUUACAAAUCAGAGAAGAUGAAUUUCGAAAUGCUGUUGUACAAGGAUUGACUGAAAAAUUGGUCAUGUCAUCAAAGGAAGUCUUAAAACUCAUGGAAUCUGGCGAUAAGAGAAGACAUACUGGAUGUACAAAUAUGAAUGAAAGAAGCAGUAGAUCUCAUACUAUAUUUAGAAUGAUCAUCGAAAGCAGAGAAAGAGCUGAACAUGACUCGACAAGAGAUUCAAUUGAUAAUGAUUCUGCUGUUAAAGUCUCGCAACUGAAUCUUGUUGAUCUCGCUGGGUCAGAGAGAGCAAGUCAAACUGGCGCUGAAGGUCAAAGGUUAAAGGAAGGUUGCCAUAUCAACAAAAGUCUUUCCACUCUUGGUCUUGUCAUCAACCAGAUAUGUAAGGCUUCAGAAAGUGGACAAUCAGCACAAUUCAUAAGUUAUCGUGAUUCAAAACUCACAAGAAUCCUUCAGCCUUCUCUUGGCGGAAAUUCUCUCACUGCAAUUAUUUGUGCUGUUACACCAGCUUCUGCAGAUGAUACAGACAGUACAUUGAGAUUCGCUAGCAGUGCUAAGAAGAUCAAAAACAAACCUCACGUGAAUGAAGUUUUAUCUGAUGAAGCUUUGUUGUACAGACAAAAGAGGGAAAUCAAUCAGUUGAAAAAGAAAAUACAGAUGCUUCAACUCAAUUCUGGUAAGAAACAAACUGCGGAGCUUGAAACGAUGUUGGAAGAGAAAGACAAACUUCAGAAAGAACAAGAAGAAAAAAUACAGACAUUGAAAAAUAUUAUUCUAGUCUCAACACAGCCUGCUGAUUCAAAGCGCCAGAGAGCCAUAAGAAGAGAGACAUGGUGUCCUGGUAAACUUGCUGCAGCGCCUAGAUCACCACGAAUGGAUGCUACUCUUAUGAAUCAAUCCUCUUUUUAUCAAAAACUUGAUCAAACAGUAAUUUCUGCUGAAUAUGAACCAAUUAAAAAAAGAGCUCGAUUUUUUGACUUACCAACAACUACAAAAUCAGCUCAACAAGAAAUUAAACCGAUGACGCCAGGAACGAAGUUACGAGCUGAUGAAGCAAGCGAUAAAUUUGAAACAUUGGAAGAUGAAGUUGUGAGAAUGAGGAAAAGACAAGAAGAUUUAGAAGACGAGUUAUUAGAAGUGAGAGCAGCAAAAAAUAAACACCUGCAGGAGCGAGAAUCACUCAAUCUCAAAAUGAUGAGAAUGCAGGGAGAAAUUACUGCUCAACGUGAGACACUCGACGACGUCAUUGAGGAGAAAAAUGAAAUUGAAGACGAAAAAAAAAAACUAGAAUCAAAAAUUAAAGAUCAAAAUUUGAAAAUAUCUGAUUAUGUACGAAGAGAAAGUCAGUGGGAAAACUCAAAUCCUGAUAUUAGAGCUUUGCGGAAUGAAAACAUGGACUUAUGCGACCAGUUGAGAGAAGUUUGUAGUCAGAAUCGGAAGUUGCAGGAGAAAGCAGAUGAAGAACAAGAUUCUAUUGAAUAUCUCAAAUCUAUGUUAGAGGAGGUCAACAAGGAUGCUAAAGAGAAAGAAAAAUCUUUGGAUUCUCAAUUAGAACAAUAUAAAAAUCAGGUUUCUGUUCUUCAAACUCAAUUGGAAGCAACUUUUGCCAAUAACAGUCAUUCCCCCACUGCUCUCGUUGAUGUCAACAAACUCGAAGACGAACUCAAAACCACAAAAGCUGAACUUGAUGAAAAAAAUUCUGAACUGGAGGAGCAAAAACAUAAGAAUCUUCUUCUUACAUCUAAGCUGGAGGAAGAAAAAUCUGAAUUCGAAUCUCACCAAGAGGAAGAUUCUACAAAUAAAGAUGAAGAAAUUGAGAAUCUUCUUAAGAUGUGGGAAGAACAAGUUCAGGAAAACGCAAAUCUCAAGAAACAACUGGAAAGCGAAAAAAAAGAUUCUGUUCUUGCGACUGGAAACGAAAAAUUGUUGAUGGAUAUUGAAAAACUGAAAAUCGAGAUUGGAAAACUCGAACAAGAAAUUGUUUACAAAGAUCAAGAAAUUUCUGAACAGAAAAAAUCUCUGGAACAGAAUUCCGCAGACAAAAGUCAAACAAUGAAUGAAUCUGUUAAAGUUGGUGAAAAGACGUUUGGUGAAGCUCUCGGUCAAUGUGAAGUACUAAUGGAACAAAGAGACGAUGCCAGAAAUAAUUGUAAAAUAUUGCGAGAAGAGCUUGAGAAAUUAAGAGCUGAAAAUGAAUUAAUGAAAUCACCAAACCGACAUACAGAUUUGAAUGAAUCUGUGAAGUUCGGAGAGAAAUCAAUGAAUGAUGCACUUGCGGCUUGUGAAAACUUGAUCGAAGAUCGAGACCAAAUAAAAAUGGAAUUCGAUGAUUUCAAAUCAGAAUUUGAAAAAUUAAAAUCUGAAUGUGAACAACUGAAAAAGAAAAUUGGUGUCAUGGAGGAACAUGAAGAAUUUAUACAAACUGAAAAAGAAAUCUUGUUUGAAGAAGAGAAAGAGAAUCUUCAGAGAAUUACAAACUUACAAGAACAAAUUGAAGAACUGAAAUCUGAAAUAGAAAAACUUCGAAAUGAUAAUUCAAACAGUUCUGAUACACAAACAACUACUACUGAUAAGGAUUUAGAAGCUGAGCUUCAACACUUACGAGAAGAAAUCUGUAAUUUGCUUAAAUCAUCUGAAGAUGCUCAAGUUAUGUUACAAGAAUCAAACAAAAAUCUUGCUAUUGCUAAUACUACAGUGGAUUCACAGAAAGUUGAAAUUGAAAAAUUAGAAAAAGAACUGAAACGUGUUAAGUCAGAUGUUGAUAGCUUCGACACAAUGGCUGAAUUAACUAAAGAUAAAUACGAACGAAGAAUAAAAGAACUGACUGACCAAUUGCAGAAUGCUUACAAUCAACUCGGCAGUGAUGUUCCACAAGAAGUCGCUGUUCAGGAUUCUUCUCAAUUAGAUGAGCUUAAGAUCCAAUUAGAUGAAAAGGAAUCUGAAAUACAGAAUCUCAAUGGGAAGUUGCAAUCCUCUAAUGCCGAAAUGGAAGAGAUUAGAACACAACUUGAUAUUUGUGAGGAAAAACUUUCCAAGAUCUCUCAAAUUGAUUAUCUGGAGCGAGAUUCAAUUCAGCAAACUAAUGAGAAUUCCGAACUAAACACAUUUUUGCUGGAGAAAAACCUCAACUUGGAGAGUCUCAAAUCGAAGUUAGAGGAAGCAGAUUCUCUUAUUGCAGAAAAGAUGAAAAUUCUCGAAGAGUGUGAAGCAGGAUCCAAGAGAAUCUCUGAGCUGGAGGAAGAGCUUAGAAUAUUAAAAGAAGAUGUUGAACAUGUUGCUGAGAUGAAAAUGAAAAUUGAGGAAUUGGAAAAAGCAAUUUGUGAAAAAGAUGCUGAAUUAGAAGAAUCGAAAACACAUCUGGAUGAGGCUAAAAAUGAUGAGGAUGUAAGCAAGCUAGAUUCUCUCACCCAUCUUCUGCAAGAAAAAGAAUCUCAAAAUUCAUCUAUACUGGAAAAGAUGACUGAAAUGGAGUCCGUUCUCUCCCAGAAGGAUGAAAAUAUUAAAAUCUUGCAAGAAAACUUGGAUGCGGCAGUCGGGAAGCAGGAGGAACUUGCAAAACUACAGCAAGAUGUUUUCCUAACUUCUUUCAGCGAGGACUGCACUGAGAAAGUACUCAGAGAAGAACUCGCAAAUGCGAGAAGAGAAUUGUCUGAGAUGAGAGAAAAUUAUUCAAAACUCCAUACCAAGACGGAGCAUGCACAAGGAGCGUUGCUUGCUGAAACAAAUCGUGAAUUAGAUCAACAAAGAUUGCUACAAAGAUCAGAACAACAAAGAAGAGAAUCGACUCUUGAAUUUGCAAAUGAAAGAGAAUUGUCAAACAAACAGAUUAACGAAUUGUUAUCUAAAAUAAGUGAUCUUCAAUCAUCAUUAUGCAAAUCUAAUGUUGAGAAAGAUAUUGCGACAAGACAAAGUGAUAAAAUGACAGAAGAAUGUGAGUUCCUGAAGCAACAAGUGAAAAAUCUAGAAAACGUACACAAUAAUCAAACAUCUGUGAUUCCCCGCAACCAAAUGAUGGAUCCUGAUAAAAUGGCCGUCAAAAUCAAACAAUUGUCUCUCAAUCUUGAUCUGACCAAGCAAACCUCUGGAAAUUUGGCCACGGCGAAUAAGAAACUUCAAGAUGAAAACAAAAAAUUGGAAAGUGAAGUCGUCAGAGUCAUCAGUUUACAAGGCGAAGUCACUCGUCUUGAGGCUGUUCUGGAGCAGGAGAGACGAACUCGUCAAGAGGAAGUCUCAGGACAGAGAGCGAGAGAAAAGGAAUCGUCUGAAAUGAGAAACAGAAUUAUGGAAUUACAAAAACAAUUACGGGAAAUGGAGACUGAUUUUCAAAAACAAACAAGAGAAUCAUCUGAGAAUCUUUCUUCAAUAUCUUCUGAGAAAAAGCUUCUCCAGGAUGAAGUGAAUCUUGCAAAACAAACGAUUUCUGCCCUUGAAAACACUCUUAAGGAAGUUCGAGAAAAAGAGGAAGAAUAUAGAUCGCAACACGAAAAGAUUCAGGCUGAAUUUGGAUCUACAAAAACGAAUCUGGGGGAUGCAGAAUCUAAGAUCCAGGAAGAUGAACGAAACAUUGAAUCGCUCAAAGAUCAACUUAAUCAUCUUACCAAGCUUUUAGAGAAAGAAAAAGAGAAGUUCAGUCAAGUGAACAACCAACAAACAUUGCUGAUUACUGAACUAGAAUCUUUUAGAGAGGAAUUGGAAAAGAGUAAGAAUCUGCUCAAAGAUGAGGAGAAUAGGAAUGACUUGCUUCGACAAAACCUGGAUCAGGUUAAGGAAAAAUUAGAUCUCGCUCGUCAAGGCAUGGAUGAUGUGAGAUCAGAAAUUUUUGCUCAAGAGAAUUGUAAACAAGAGGAAUUGAUGAAAGAAUUACGACAAAUUCAGGAUGAAAUGUCUGAUUUAAAAGCAGAAAAGGAAGAAUUGGAAAAUAGGAUGCAGGAUAUGGAUGAAAAAUGGAAAACUGAAAAAACCGAGAAAGAGGAAUGUGAAGUCCAGAUCGCGAACAUGCAGGAGCAACUCUCAAAGAUGCAAGAGGAAAGAGAUUCACUCACCACAUUAAAAUGUGAAUUGGAAGAUAAAGCUUGUGCAGCUCAAAAUAGUAUUGAACAAUUGCAAAAUGAGAAAAAGACUAAGAUUCAAGAUGAACUUCUAAAAAAUGAAGAGAAUCCUUCGAAUAAUCUCCAAGUAGAAUCUGAAGAUAAGAUGUUGCAAAUACAGGAUGAACUUCGGGAUCUUCAAAAUGAAAAGGAUUCUCUUAUUGAAAAAGUCUCAAACCUUGAAAAAGAACGGGAUAACCUGACUAAUAAACUGGAGGAGAUGCAGAAUAAGGAUGGACAAGAAGAUGUAGAAGUAAAUUAUAAGAAUCUCCAAGAGGAAUAUGAUGCCUCAUUAAAAGAGAAAGGGAUGUUGCUUGCAAGAGCGCAAGAAUUAGAGAAAGAAGUUCAGUUGAAAAAUGAACAAAUUUCUUCUUUUGAAAAUCAAUUGGAAAAUGAUGAAAAGACUGAGGAAACGGAGGAAUCUUCUGUGACAAAUGAAGAAUUGCUGAAUAAAAUAUCGGAUUUGGAAUCUGAACUGGAGGAAAUUAUUAUGGCAAAAGAAGAGGCUUCGAGAUUUCUUGAAGAUGCGAAAGAGAAUCACGAAAAGACUAUCAUAGAAAUGAGUGAAGUGAUAAAGAAAAAAGAUGAUGAAAUUAAGAUCCUGGAGGAAAACCUAUCAAAAAAUACCGAAUCUGAAUCUGUGACUGCAAAAGAAGGACUGGAUGAUUUGAAGUCCAAUUUGACAGAAAAAGAGAGCGAGAUUCUAGAUUGUCGACAACAAAUUGAGAGUCUUGAGGAGAAAUGUGAAUCCUUGCAGCAAGAGAUUUCUCAACGAAAAGUGAGUAAUAAAGACGAUGACGGAAUUGGAUUUGCUGCUGACUUAGAUCAAGAACUUAUCGACAAUCUUUACGAUCAGGUAGCAGAACUGAAAAUUCAAAUCAAUGAAAAAGAUGAACAAAUUGCUGAAUUACUGAAUUCUCUGGAAUCUAUGAAGGCAGGAAAUACUCUCAGAACUUCUGAUAUAGAGUUACAACAAGAAAAUGAGAAUUUGAAAUCAAAAAUUCAUGAUUUGACAGAAGGAAUGAAACUGAGAGAAGAAGAAUUCAGUAAUAAUAUUCAAUCUUAUUCUGAACAGAAUGAAAAGUUGCUGAAAGAGAUAUGUGAAGGAAAUCAAUCCUAUGAGAUUUUCUCAUCUGAAACGCUGAAACAAAAGGAUGAGGAAAUUCUGAACUUGAAUGCUGAAAUUGAAAGAAUGAAUUGUUCUCAAAAAGAUCUUGACGAGAAAAUAUCAGAAUUGUCAACUCGAUUGCAAGAGAAGGUAUCUGAGUUGAAUGUUCUUCAACAAAAAACUACUGAAUUAGAAGAAAAAUCACAAGUAAUGAAAAAUAAUCUUGAACAAAGAGAAAUGGAAUUAUUGGCAGAGAUUAAAAAGAAAACUGAAAUAAUUGCUUCUCUGGAAGCAAUGAAAGAAGUAUUGGAAAACAAAUUGAAUGAUGAAAAGACGGACUAUGAAAAGCAGGAUGUUUCUCGAGAUGAGGAAAUUCUACUCAAUAAUUCUGGAAAUGAAAGAAAUGAUGUUGAAAAGGAUGAAAACAAUGAAAAAACUCAAAAUCUUCCUAACCUGGAGGAUGAAUUACAAGAAAGAAUCUCAGAAAUCAAGCUGAAAGAUAAUGAAAUUGGAGAACUUCUCAAACAUAAUAAAGAAGCUCAUUCGAAGAUCUCAGAACUGGAAGCACUAUGUUCCUCUGAGCAGGAGGCGAUGUCUGAGCUAAAACGUCAGCUUCUUGAUCUGAGCAAAAGUUUAGAGAAAGAAGAUUCUAAGAUUACUGAGUUGAAGAAGACAAAAACGGAUUUAGAGGAAGAGCUUCACUCAAUCAAGCAAGACAGAGAAAAAGUUCUGGAGGAAAUUGGACAAUUAAAACAGGAUUUAGAGAAAAAGGAUUCUGAAAUUGACAAAGUUAGAGAAGGGCUCGGGAUCCAAGAGAAUCUCAACCUGGAGGAAGUGACGAGUGAAAAAGUAUACCUGGAAGAAAAAUGCGCUUGUUUGCAGGAAUCUAUCAAAUCGAUGGAAGAAAUGAUUGAAGAACUCAAGACCAAUCAAAAUGAAUCUUACGCUGAGAAUGAAAAGCUUCAAGAGGAGAUUUCAGAGUUAAGAAAGACAAAAGAUGACUUACAGAUUCUCAAAUCAGAUCUGGAGGACCAACUGGAUGAACUGAGCAAAAUGCUGAAAAAGUAUGAAGAAAGCGAGGAUUCUAAGAAUAAGGAAAUUGCUCUUCUCCAAACAGAUCUUGAAAUUGAGAAAGAGAAGUCAUCUAGUCUGGAUUCAGAACUUAAAUCUAUGUUUGAUAUGAUCCGAGACAAAGCAUCCAUGAUGGAGGAAUCUGCUUUAUCGCGAGAUGCUCUUGAAAAAGAAGUUAAAAUUUUGAAGCAGGAGAUCGCGGAUUCAAAUAUAAAACUGGAGGAGAAAAAUUUAGAGGAAGUUGGUAGGAUUCAAAAAGAGGAAGAGUUGUCAUAUGAGAAUCUUAGUUUGAGAGAUUCUAAAGAUUCUUUGACAUCUGAAUUGGAAGUUGCAAAUAAUUUGAAUCUUAACCUUGAAAAAAUGCUUCUUGAAACACAAAAUAAAGUCAGAGAAUUAGAAUCUGGAAUUUCGGAGAUGAAGAAUCUGAAGGAUCCCAUAGAAUCUCAAAAGAUGAAGUCUGCAAAUCUUGAAAACAAGAUGCAAGAAAAUAUUCAAGAUUUGAAAUCUCAGAUCCUAGAUUUGACAGAAUCGAAAGAAAAUCUCACAUUUGAAAUGAAUGAAGCGAAAUCAGAAAAAUCUGCUUUGGAAGAAAAAUUGAAAGAAUUUGAAGAAUCCCGAUCUACUGAUUUGGAACUUGAGAAAGCCACUCAUCAAGAAUUGUCUGAAGAACUCGAAUUGUUGAAGACAAAACUUGAAUCUGCAAUGAAAGAAAAGGAAUUCUCUGGUCAAAAUAUCGAAAAAUUGAAACUGGAAAUGGUAGAAUUAUCCAAGAAACAUGAAGAUGAACUUCAAAUCCUGAAAUCUAAAGAAAAUAGGAAUUUGUCGGAGCUUGAACAAAUUAAAAACCAACUCAAAAACAGUGAGAAGAAAGCACAUACUUGUUUGGAAGAAGUAAAAGGACUGUUAUAUAAAAAGGAAUUAGAAGUUCAAACAUUACGAUCUGAAGUUAACAAAUGGGCUGUACGUCACGAAGAAGAUAAAUCAGAUCUAGAGAAAGCUAUUAAAGCUGCUAAGGAUGAAAUCUCUACACAGAAUGAAAAGAAUUCUCUUGAAGUAUUCAAAUUGGAAGAAAAGUUACAAAAAGCAUAUGGAGUGGAAAAGGAGUUAGAAAAUCUUAAAGAAUCGUAUUCUGAGAUGGAAUCCAAAUAUAUGUCAGAAAACAAAAAAUGUCAAGAUCUUAUUUUGCAACUUUCUGAAGCUAAAGACAUAUCUUCAAAAAAGACAAUGAAUAAAAGUACAUUGGUAGAAUAUGAAAAGAAAUAUGAAAAAUGUCUCCAAGAUCUCACACAAGAGCAAGUAAAAGCGAAAAAUCUGACUGAUGAAAUUACAGCUAUGCAAGUGGAGUUCAAAAAGAAACUUGACGAAGCCACGGAAAAGGCAAACACCGAUUGUUCUAAACUGAACCUUCGUAUCGAUUCACUUGAAGAAGGACUAAUGGAGGCAGAUAAAGAAAUUGAAGAUGAAAAGAAAAAAUAUGAAGAAUUACAGAAGAAAUUCGAAGAAAACGAGAAAAAUCAUAAUAGAGUUGGUGCUACCAGAACAAGGCGCAGUGAUAAAAUGAAUGGCGAAGUCGAUAUUUUAAAAGAAAAUUUACAAAAAUGUGAUGUAAAAUAUAAAGAAGAAAAACAAAAAACACAAGCACUCACAACUCAAUUAAAAACUGAGAGAAAACGAUGUGCUGAGUUAGUUGCUCGACUUGAGCAUGCUACUGUAAGAAAUAAAACCAAGCAUGCAGGAUUAGACACUGACGAUGGAAAGGAAUUGUUCAUGGAAAGAGAAAAAAACAAAAGUUUGACGAAAAAGUUAAAUGAAAAAGAAGAAGAAUUUUCUAAGAAAUUGAAAGAAGUACAGAAACGUUUUGAAGCCACCAAAAAGUGUUUGAAUGAUCGUAUCAAUGAGUUGGAAGACAGUUGCAUGGAAGCCGAUCAGGAAUAUGAAGAAGAGAAAAAGAAAACAUCGCAAUUGGAAGAAAAAAUUCUUGUUCUCGAACAACGAGUCAAAAAAGUUUCGCAGGUAUCAUCUACAAAGGAUGAAAAUUUUGGGCCUCAAAAAGCGCUCUUGAAAGAAGUUGAAGAGAAAGAAAAUAUGAUUUCCAAACUUCGGAUACAACUGACUACUAAUGUUGAACCAUUAGAGAGAGAAGUGAACCAGCUUAAAGAGGAAUUGAAAGUAAAUGAAGAAAGAAUGUCGACACUGAAAAAGAAGAUGACUUUUAUGUCACAAGCUACUGAUGAAGGCACCAAAACAAGAUCAGGUAGAGCCACACGAAGCUCAGUUGCAUCUUCGAAGCAAUCUGCAUUCUGUGGAGGCACUGGUGGUCUAGUUGUUCAAGAUACAAAGGUUUAUGUAUUGGAAAUGGAGAUUUCUGAUUUCCAAAGACGAGUCAAAUUUCUUGAGAAAGAACUCGCUAAAUAUAAGGACAUUGAAACAAAGAGGAGGACUGAAAACAUGGAACUCCUUGAAGAAAACAACAAAUAUCGUUCGAUUAUUAAGAGGUUUCGAGAAAAGAAACUUACAUCUGGUGAUGUGUUAUCAGAGAACUCUUCCAUUAUGAAUCAAACCAUGAGUAGCAGUGUUGAUGAAAGACCACAAAGAAAAGAGCUUCCAUCAGCACAUGCAAGUCAAGAAGAUAACUGUAAAAAUCAGUAGCAUGAAUAUUUAUACCAUACUGAUGCUUUGUUUUUGUGUUCAUAAAAUGUCAGCCAUCCUGUGAGCAAGGAAUGAAAUUUUUGAAUGGAAAAUCGCCAAGUGCACUGGCCAGGCAAUAUGUGACAUACUUAGUAGUCAUAGAAACUUCGCAUGUAAAGUAUAGGUGAAUAUGAAUGUAUAGCUAUAUUUUGUAAGAUUUUCUUCUGUUAUUGUUCUAAAUGUAUCCAUCGUAUGACUUCUAUUAUUUUUUGCUUAACUUAAACUUUCUUAUUGUUCAAUCAUUCUUUUUUGCUAAUUUCGACUCACAUUGAAUUGGAGUGACUUUUGGGAUGUUUGUUUUGUUUCUGCCUUUGUAACCAAUAUCAUUUCCGUUGUUCCUAUCUGCUUUAUAAUUAACCUAUACUUUCUGCCAGUCCGUGCACUGCCUUGGUCUGUUCUGUUUGUAUUAUAUAUGUAAAUACACCUUACUUCUCAAUGUGUUAUAUUA